AUGGCGAGAGGUUUUCACUGCAAUGGCCCAGCUUUUCUUGAUGCAUUGGUUUUGGUUAUAACCGGGCUUGAUCCGACAUCCCCGCCACCACCUGCAGCUGCACGGUGCGCCGUCAUUUGCGGACGCCCGAGCGACAUGCAUGCACGGCUCACAGUUGGUGGCGGUGACCAGCCCCCUGACGCGGUCAUGGCGCAAGACGUGCAAACUGUCACGGUUAAAGGAUCAACAUCAACAUGCGCUGCCACAGACGACGAAGACGACGGCCAUGAGCGCGAAGAGGAUGACGCCGACACGGACGCCGACGCCGAGUCGCCGACGGCCACGACGAGCAGUACCGCGAGCCGUAGCCCCGACCUCGCCGACGACCCAGCCAAGCUGCUAGCUGUCCGCCUCGCCUGCAACCUGCUCGUCGAAACACCGCAGCCAUGUCGACGCCGCCGCAGCCGAGCUUCGUCGUAUCGCAAGUCUCUGUCGCGCCGGCCUUGCUCACUGCCGCAACGCCAAAACGACGACGCCGAGCUGAACCCGCUGCCGGGAGCAACGACGACGUCGACGACCAAACUGCCAAGGCACAAAAAGAAUCUACAAGAUGAUGGCUACGUGUAUUGCCCAUGCAUUGAUUGCAAAAAUCAGAAGCAGUUUGGCAAUGUUGAGCAGAUCCGCUUUCAUCUGUUAUUUAGAGGUUUUAUGCCCAACUACCAAGUUUGGAACAAGCACGGUGAGGUUGGUGAGACAAUGCACUCCAUCCAUGAGGACAGGCAUGAAACAGUGGAGGAAACAACUAACCCGGAAAUAGUAGAGGAAACCGGACAUGAAAGCGUAAAUGAAACCAUGCAGGAAACAUUAGUUGCUGAUGAUGUUGUGGAUGCACUAGACCAAAUGAUACGUGAUGGGGAACCGGACUUUCUUGACGAAAAGAAUCUGAACAAGUUGGAGCAGAUGAGGAUAGAUGCAAGAACACCACUUUACCCAAGUUGCAGCGUGUCUAAACUUGAAGCAAACCUGAUGCUAUUGGAGAUGAAGUCUAGUAAUGGUUUGUCAGACAAGGGAUUUGAUGAUUUGUUAAGCUUAUUGCAGAAGUUGCUGCCAAGCCCUAACGGGUUGCCUGAAAACACAUACCAGGCGAAGCAAAUGAUUUGCCCAAUGGAACUGGAGGUACAAAAGAUCCAUGCAUGCCCUAAGGAUUGCAUCUUGUAUCACGGCAAAUAUGAAGACUUGGAUGCAUGUCCAGUGUGCUCAGCUUCACGGUACAAAUGUCCUGAAUCGGCAUUGUCAAUGAAAGGUGACCGCAACAAACGACCACCUGCCAAGGUCGUCUGGUAUUUUCCUAUCAUUCCUCGUUUGAAAUGGUUGUUUGCAAACGCGAAGACUGCCAAGCUGAUGAGGUGGCAUGCCGAAGAUCGACUCGUUGAUGGGAAUCUCAGACACCCUGCAGAUGGUUCACAGUGGAGAGCUAUCAACUACAAAUACAAGAAUCGGGUGUGGGAUGAGUACAAGCGAGAACACUUCACUCUGAAGGCAAUUUUGUUUGUAACAAUCACAGACCUUCCCGGCCUUGGUAGCUUAGCAGGCCAAGUAACGAAGGGUUACAAGGGAUGUGUGGUUUGUUUGGAUGAUACCGACGCAAGAUGGUUGAAGAAUAGCAACAAAAUGGUUUACAUGGGUCAUCGUAGGUUCCUUCCAAAGGCUCACCCAUAUCGCCGGAACAAGAAAUCCUUUGAUGGUACAAGGGAUGAACGUUUACCUCCCAAGUUUCUAGAUGGGAAGGAGAUAUACAAGAAGGACUUGAUUGUUCGUCACGUACUUGAUGGCAUGCAUCUAACUAAAAAUGUUACCGAGAGCACGCUCGGAACAUUAAUGGCCAUGAAAGGUAAAGGAAAAGAGUCACUUGAAACUCGACAGGACCUGCAAGAUAUGAAUGUCAGAAGUGAGCUGCAUCCAAUUACUCAACAUGAUGGGAAGACGAAGCUUCCGGUUGCAUCUUGGACCUUGGAUAAAAUUGAGAAAAGGAAAAUUUGUAGCUUCUUCCACGAACUCAAAGUGCCAACGGGAUACUCAUCAAACAUCACAAGGCUUGCAAACAUGAAGGAGUUAAAGUUCAACAUGAGCUGCAUGAAGGCCCAUGACUGCCAUGUCAUUAUGACACAGUUGCUCCCAGUUGCUCUAAGGGGCGUGCUUCCCGUGAAGGUCAGAGAUACGAUCAUAAAGUUGUGCUCAUUCUUCAACGCAAUCUCACACAAGGUCAUAGACCCAAACACACUUGACAAGCUGCAAGCAGACCUGAUUCACACAAUUAAUCGACUCGAGAUGCAUUUUCCACCAACUUUCUUUGAUAUAUCGGUGCAUCUUAUCACUCACCUUGUUGCCCAGAUUAAAGCUCUUGGUCCAAUCUUCUUGCAUCAGAUGUUUCCUUUCGAGAGGUUGAUGAGUGUUCUAAGAAAAUAUGUUCGGAAUAGAUAUCGUCCAGAAGGGUGCAUGGUUAAUGGAUGGUCUACAGAGGAGGCAGUUGAGUUCUGCACAUACUACCUGGAUCUUAAUAGAAUGGGAGUUCCAGUAUCUCGUCAUGAGGGAAGGCUGGGGGCAGAGCAGGCAUCUGUAGUCUCACCUUAUAUUGAAAUGCACAAGAGAGAACUACAAGGUGUCGAUACCGGCAAUGCUCAACUAGAUCUUUUGGCCAUCAGUCCAUCUAGUACAGUCCUAAAGUUCCAAGGAUAUGAGAUAAAUGCAUACACAUUUUACACUAGAAAACAAGAUGAGAAAAGCACCAACCAAAAUAGUGGUGUCCGUAUCGAUGCUUACAACGACAAUCGUCAAUUGGAGACAUAUUAUGGGUUCAUAGAAGAGAUAUGGGAGCUAGAGUACGGACCACUAAAAAUCCCUCUUUUUCGGUGCCAGUGGAUCAAGCUUCCUAAGGGUGUGUUCACGGACAAGUACGGCAUGACGGUCGUUGACCUCACCAACAUAGGGUAUAGGGAUGAACCAUUCAUAUGGACUAAAGAUGUAGUCCAAGUCUUCUAUGCAAAGGACCUAGCGAAUGUGGGCAAACAUGUGGUGCUGCAAGGGAAAAGGAAGAUCGUCGGUGUUGAAAAUAUGACCGAGGAUGAAGAGAAGGGAUUUCAGGACAUGCCUCCACUUGGACCCGAUAUCGACCUACCUGUGUUUGAAGAGGGAGAAGAACCAGCUUAUGUGCGACUUGAUCAUAACGAGGCCAUCAUCAUCAAUUGA